CCCCGAAAAGAAACAAAACGAGCAUCGAUGGACAACAGGUCACAUUAAAGGAAGCGUGAAAGAGACGGCGUGCUGGAGGUGCGAAAGAGAGGGUCAGACUCACAAGUCAAAUGUCAGAGGUUCGGCAUAGUCAAAUAAUUGAGCAAUUAAUUAAACCGGCGAAGAGAAAAAAAUUAUAGAAAAAUAGUAAGAAGCGGAGGAACCAAUAUUCGGGGUAUAAAAGGCCACAAAUCAUCUAGGGGAAGCAUCAUUAAGCCAACAACUGAAAACCACUCAACAUGCGUCUAUUUGUGACCCUUUGCACUCUGGUGGCUCUUAGCCAGGCCAAGCCCCAGGGCUACAACUAUGGAAGCGGAGUCUCCGGUUCCAGCGGUGGUUCCUCUGGCGGCUUCCUGACCGCUCCCAGCCACUCAUCGGUGGCAUCCUAUGGACCGCUGGGUGCCUUCCAGACCGCCAGCGUUGGCUCCUUGGUGGGCAGUUCCUCUGCCCCCCAGGCUGUCAGCCACUAUGGUGGUGGUAGUGGAGGCAGCUACUCCACUGGUGGUGGUCAUGGAGCCACCUACUCUUCUGGCGGACAAGGAGCCACCUACUCCACUGGUGGACAAGGAGCCACCUACUCCACUGGUGGACAAGGAGCCUCCUACUCGACUGGUGGACAAGGAGCCUCCUACUCGAAUGGCGGUGCCUCCAACUAUGGUGGCGGCAGCUCCUUCACCGGUUUCGGACCCUCGCCCAACAUUGGAUUCGGCGUUCUGGCCGGCUACCAGGCACCCACCUACCAGCAGCAGCAGGAGCAGGAGGUCCAGCGUGGCUUCCAGGAGCCCAUCAUCCACAAGCAGUUCUUCACCGUCGCCGCUCCCGAAGAGCAUGAGAAUCUGGAGCGUUCCAAGCAUCUGGUGAUUGGACGCCCGCAGAAGAACUACCGUGUGGUUUUCAUCAAGGCCCCAUCCUCGAGCAAUGCCAAUGUCAGGCUGUCCGCCGAAUAUGCUCCCAAGGAGGAGAAGACCGUCAUCUAUGUGCUCAGCAAGAAGGACAACCAGCUGGAGGUCAACGAUAUCGCCACGCCCGCACCCACGGUGCCCAGCAAGCCGGAGGUCUUCUUCAUCAAGUACAAGACCGAUGCGGAGGCUUCUCAUGCCCAGCAGCAGAUUCAGGCCGAAUACGACAGGAUCGAGGGAACCUCGGAGCACCAGGACGGCGGAGUGGCCCCCGCUCAGUCGGUGGUUGGCAUCUUGGAUGGUGGUGCUAUUGGUGCCGCCAGCACUGGCAGCUCUCAAUUCGUUUCCGGAGGCACUGGCUCCACCGGCGGCAGCUCCCACUACGUUUCCGGAGGCUCUGGCUCCACUGGUGGCGGUUACACCUCGACCUCGGGCGGCAGCACUGGUGGAAUCUCUGGCGGCAUCACCGGAGGAUCCAUCUCCGGCGGCACCAUCCUCAAGAACGCCCAGAGUGCCACCUAUCUGCCACCCAAUGGCAAAUAGAUGAUCACUCGCGUGGACGCAUAGCAAGAAUUUUACUGUACAGUGAUGCAAUAGUCAAUGGUUUUUUUUUUUUG